UCCCUAGCAACGGGCGGACCGCGUUCAUAUGGCGGCCGGUGAAUCGUGAGGCCGUGUAAAAUGUCCGGCCACCGUGCCGGGCUGGUGGAGGGGAUUUGGCGCUCUGGUUGGACCGGGUGAUUCCGUUUGCCUUCCUGUUCCUUGGGUGUGGUGUGGUGCUUGGGGGAGACGGUUAAUGGUGACGGCGAUUUAGAUAAGUAUUGCAUAGGAGAGGAUAUGUGGUCCGAGUCGCGAUCACAGUAUGGCGAAAUUCAGCGAGGCCAUUUACAACUUGGAAGACCACGCAGCGCAGAUUUUCACAGAACAGUGCAAAUAAUGCAGAGGAGGCCGGAUUAUGACCGAGGAGGAGGUGCCAUCAGCCGCGAUUAUAGAUGUUAUGCUCAUUCUGAAGAUUAUCGAGAAUAUUCUGACGUUCGUGAAUUUGGACAUGGUCGAGUAUUUGGUCCGUCCCUCAAAACAGGCUCAUGGGGUGACGAAAAUUCCAGAUGGCCCAGAAAUUCAGGAAGUAGGCAAGCUGAUUACAGGGAUAACUCAAGAAGAAGCACCUAUUAUUCCUCCCAAUUUACAAGAGAGCGUUCACCUCAUAAAAGAGAAGUUUCUUUCUACAGAGAAGAAUCACCUCAUAACCGCUCUGGAUCAAGCACCAGCAGCAGAAGCUAUUCCCCGGAAAAGGGCAAACAGCCACCAUCCUACCAGUCCCAAUUCAAUAGAAUGAGACCGACAGCAGAGGAGCUGCGUAGCCCCGGGUCAUUACACGGUCCAGACCCUCAUGCUGCAGCAUCACCUGUUGCAGACACCCAGGGGAGGAGGCACCGGAAGCGGUGUGAGAGAAAACAGAAGCGCGGUAAGCGCGCUGGAGUCCGUCUUAGGUUAAAGACUGAUGCCUGCGGGACGGCUCUCCCGACUGUACCGCUCUCCAAUGAACACUCCCUGGAAAACAAACAGCAAUUGACCCAGAGCGGGACAGUGAACUGCAGCACACAUAUUCGUACAGAGACAUGUCUCCAGGACAACAUCCCAGACACAGCCAUCCAGCUAGAGGAACUCACCAAUUUUCGUGCGGAUAGGAGUGCCGCAACGUCUGAUAAGGAAAGAUCUGUUUGUGCAUUGGUCCCUUCAAGAGAUGCAUCUCCAUCUAUUUCAAUACCACCAACUUCUUCAAAGAGUGCAAACUUUGAAAAAGGCAGCAAAACAUCUGAUAACUUGAAUGAAGAGAUUGUGAAUGAAUGGAGUUCUGAACAGCAGCAGAUUCCUGAACUGGAAAUAGCUGAGCACAAUAAGGGUGAUGCUGUUCAAAUGUUAUUACCAGAAAACUUGGAUUAUCCAGAGCUGAGUACACCAGGACCCAUUGACAAUAUAGACCUGGGUCAAACAGAUCAUCGCACUAGAACAAUUGCUGAAAAAGCCAAGGAAAUUGAAGAGGUUUAUAGGCAAGAUUGUGAAACUUUUGGCAUGGUUGUUCAAAUGCUCAUUAACAAAGAUCCAUCAUUGGAAAAUACAGUACAAUUUGCACUAAGAGAAAACUUGCGUGAGAUAGAAGAUCGUUGCAUUGAGGAGCUCAAAAGGUUCAUCACCCAGUAUGAUUCUGCUCCUGGAGACAAUACAGCAAAUUUAUAAUUCCAAGACUUGGGUCUCUGAUAACUCGCCUGCUUUUGUUCCAAUUCCAUUUUAUAUGAAUUAUAAUCAACAAGCUUAUACUGGUGUACAUGGAGUCCAUCGACCAUUGAAUAUAUUUCAUUCCUUAAGCUGAAAUGUGAGAUAUAUGUUUAAUGGGUGGUGAAACAAAUUUAUGCUGACCUCAGUAAUAUGUUCCUUAUAUAUUAUCAUAGUUGGAGUGUAUUUCUGAGAUCAAUAUGGGUUGGAUUCAAAAAUAGAAUAUUUUGGUUUAUGUAAAACAUGUUAUAUAAUUCCAAUGGAAAAACAAAAAAGGAAUAUUGCAAGUUUGGUUUCUACAAUAGGAUCUCAUUGUUUAUGUAAUUUUGUCACUAGCACCUUAGUUUAGAUUAAUGAAAAAAAGAUUUGACUUUAUUUAAAAGUUAGCAACUUUUGUGUUGUUUCUAUGGUUGUGUACUGAAAUGUAAAAAAAUACGAGUUCUCCUGGAUGACAUAGUGGAUAACACCACUGCCCAGUUUACUCGUAAGCUGUAAAAGGCUGGAUGAACAGUCGAAAAAUUACAUUUGGCUUCAGUACCUUGAGCAACAGAGAAACAAACCGGGAUUCCCAAUCCUGAAUUGUACACUCAUGAUCCAAUGUGUGUAAAUGCCUGAUAGUUCAGAUUAGAUCAAGGAUACAAGUGAUAUGUUACAUGUGCUAACAGGAAAUGUACGUGAAGAAUGGACCCUGGUGCAGGGGGUAUGAGGACAGUUGGUAUUGACAAAAAAGUGCACUGAGAGAAGUCACCAGUUAAGUGGAAAAAAGUCCACAAUAAGAAAGGUUUUAUAAGUUAAGGUUCUAGAAUAUUACUUUAAGUGAAUUUUUAUACUCAUGCUCACUAUUCCCAAUCUACUUAUGUUUUGGAGAUGUCUGCAUCAAUUAGAAAUAUGAUCAACAAACAGACAAGGUACUAGCCACAUAAUACCAAGUAAACAGUGUUAAGAGGUGAAGUGCACCAUUAGGGAUAAUCUUCUGCUGUGCUAUGGGGAAAAUAUACGUAACUGAGAAGGCAUUAGAAAUUGCAGCAAUCUUUACUGCAGCCUAGUAUUUUCAUUAGCAGUGUUAAGUUUGGAUUUCUGUGUAGUAAAUGCUUUUACUGUAAUUAAUGAAAUGGAUAUAUUAAAACAUUGAAGUAAAAUAGUUCUGGUUUUAUUUUUGAGGAGUGGUAAGAAGACUAAACUUGAUUCAGUGAUGACAGGCGUACAUUUCCUAACAAAUUAUUGUUAAAGCCAGAUCAUUCCUUCUGUUUACAUGCUGCGGGGAACAAAGCAUUGUGAUACUGAUUUAAAGUUAUGUUCAUGUAGUUUAAUAGUGCAAAUUGUCUCUUUGUCUGAGCAAUUUAUGUCUGGAUCAGAUGUCUUUGUUGGAAUGAAAACCUGUUUUUCCCCAAAUGUAGAAAUACUUUGCAAUAUGAAUGUUAGCAGUUACAGCUGAAGGAAUGAUGUCCAGCACACAUUACAGACCAUAAUGUGGCAGAUGACAGGAUGGUGGAUAUGGAAAAGAAUUCCUCUUCUAAACUUUGGUUUACAAUACAUUUGGUAUAAAAUAAAGUUGAUCUGUACCUGUUCUUCUAAUUAGUUUGUGAAACAAUAAGAGAGAAGGCAGUGAGCAGAAAUUACAAGAUAUGUUCGGUUUUGUGUGCAAUAAUUUUUAAUUUUGGAAUUAGGUUAUUAUUGUCACAUGUACCCAGGCACAGUGGAAAAACUUGCCUUGCAUAUUGGCUGCACAGAUCAUUUCAUUAUCACAGUGCAAGGUAAAACAAUAACAAUGCAGUUUCAGUACAGAGAAAUUGCAGUGGCAGUAGAGAGUAAGGGGCAAGGCCAUAACAAGAUAGUUUGUGAGGUCAAGGGUCCAUCUUAAUUGUACUAGAGAACCAUUAAAUAGUCCUAUAAAGUGGUAGAAACUGUCCUUGAGCCUGUUGGUACAUGCUUUUAGGUUUUUGUAUCUUCUGCCUGAUGGAUGGGGGGAGUGGGGAAAGAAAAAAUGUCCAAGAAUCCUUUCAGCGAAUUGAAAAGCUCUAAAAUGGUAUGUUGUAGUGUUUCCUUCAAGGUUUAUUCCAUUGAUGAAACUUUGCAUUGAUUUUUGUUGCAUAACAUUCAAGGCUGCUAUAGUAUCCAUAUAAGACCAUAUGGACCCUGGUGCAGGGGGUAUGAGGACAGUUUGGAAUUUGGUCUAUAGGCCCAUCAAGUAUGCUUCACCAUCCAUUGUGGCUGAUUUAUUAUCUCUCCCAACCUCAUUCAGCUGCCUUCUCUGUUAUUAAUUAAGAACCAACCAACCUCUGCUUUAAAUUUACCCAAUCACUUGGCCUCAACAGCCAUCUGUGGCAAUGAAUUCCACAGAUUCACCACCCACUGGCUAAAGAAAUUCCUCAUCUCUGUUCUAAAAAGAUGUACUAUUCUUUUUUAACAAUUUUUUUAUUGAAGUUCAUCAUCAAACAAACAUUUCCAUAAGAUGUAUUUCAGACAUUGUACCUAUAUAUCAUAUAAUCAUGUCACAAAUCUCCACAAAGUAUUUAUCUGAGGUACACACUUAUAGAAAAGAGUGGAAAGAAAAAACAAGCAAAAGGAAAGAACUAUGUAUAAGUAGGGAGUGAUUUUUUUUUAACAACAGAUCCUCUGUUGUGCUGUAGGUUUUCAAUGUUUCUAUGUCCAGGAUAAUUCUCAAGAGCCUCCUCUUGACCAUUUCCAAUGCCAACACAUCCUUUCUUAGAUAAGGGGCCCAAAAUUGCAUAUUCCCAAAACUAUAUUCCAAUUGCAGUUUGACCAACGCCUUAUAAAGCCUCGGCAUUACAUAAUUGCUGUAAUAUCUCAUGAGUAUUACUGUACCAAUUUUUUGUAUUAUUAGAGUAUGCUGCUGUUCUAAACUGAGAUAAAGACUUAGGAGAUCCACAUGUUUUUGAUCAUAUGAUAGAAUCACCUGAUGCUGUGUCCUUGAUUCAGUGAAAUAAAAUAAUCAAGAUUAGUUAAAUGAG